AUUGAGCGCCGGUUGCCCAUGCGGCCCUAGGGCUGGGAGCGCCGCGCCGCGCUCCGCUGCGGGGGAGGACAUGGCGGAACCUUCCCAGGCCUCGACCCCGGCCCCGGCCACUCAGCCCCGUCCCCUUCAGUCUCCAGCCCCUGCCCCAACUCCGACUCCUGCCCCUAGUCCGGCUUCAGCCCCGACUCCGGCUCCCACUCCGGCACCAGCCCCCGCCCCAGCUGCAGCGCCAGCCGGCAGCACAGGGACUGGGGGUCCUGGGGUAGGAAGUGGGGGGACGGGGAGCGGAGGGGAUCCGGCUCGACCUGGUCUGAGCCAGCAGCAGCGCGCCAGCCAGAGGAAGGCGCAAGUCCGGGGGCUGCCGCGCGCCAAGAAGCUCGAGAAGCUAGGGGUCUUCUCGGCUUGCAAGGCCAAUGAAACCUGCAAGUGUAAUGGCUGGAAAAACCCCAAGCCCCCCACUGCACCCCGCAUGGACCUGCAGCAGCCAGCUGCCAACCUGAGCGAGCUGUGCCGCAGUUGUGAGCACCCCUUGGCUGACCACGUGUCCCACCUGGAGAAUGUAUCAGAGGAUGAGAUCAACCGGUUGCUGGGUAUGGUGGUGGACGUGGAGAAUCUGUUUAUGUCUGUUCACAAAGAGGAGGACACAGACACUAAGCAGGUCUAUUUCUACCUCUUCAAGCUCCUCCGGAAAUGCAUCCUGCAGAUGACCCGGCCAGUGGUGGAGGGCUCCCUGGGCAGUCCCCCCUUUGAGAAGCCUAAUAUUGAGCAGGGUGUGCUGAACUUCGUGCAGUACAAGUUCAGUCACCUGGCUCCUCGGGAGCGGCAGACGAUGUUUGAGCUCUCAAAGAUGUUCCUGCUCUGCCUUAACUACUGGAAGCUUGAGACGCCUGCCCAAUUUCGGCAGCGGUCUCAGGCCGAGGACGUGGCUACCUACAAGGUCAAUUAUACCAGGUGGCUCUGCUACUGCCAUGUGCCCCAGAGCUGCGACAGCCUCCCCCGCUACGAGACCACUCACAUCUUCGGGCGAAGCCUCCUCCGCUCCAUCUUCACGGUGACCCGGCGGCAGUUGCUGGAGAAAUUCCGGGUGGAGAAGGACAAGCUGGUGCCUGAGAAGAGGACCCUCAUCCUCACCCACUUCCCAAAAUUCCUGUCCAUGCUGGAGGAGGAGAUCUAUGGGGCAAACUCUCCGAUCUGGGAGUCUGGCUUCACCAUGCCGCCCUCAGAGGGGACGCAGCUGGUGCCCAGGCCGGCCACAGUCAGCACGGCAGUUGUCCCCAGCGCCCCCCUCUUCAGCCCCACCAUGGGUGGGGGCAGCAACAGCUCCUUGAGCCUGGAUUCCGGAGGGGCUGAGCCCAUGCCAGCAGGUGAGAAGAGGAAGCUCCCAGAGAACCUGACCCUGGAGGAUGCCAAGCGGCUCCGCGUCAUGGGCGACAUCCCCAUGGAGCUGGUCAAUGAGGUCAUGCUCACCAUCACAGACCCCGCUGCCAUGCUGGGGCCUGAGACGAGCCUGCUGUCGGCCAACGCAGCCCGGGACGAGACAGCCCGCCUGGAGGAGCGCCGCGGCAUCAUCGAGUUCCAUGUCAUCGGCAACUCGCUGACACCCAAGGCCAACCGGCGGGUGUUGCUUUGGCUUGUGGGGCUGCAGAACGUCUUCUCCCACCAGCUGCCACGCAUGCCCAAGGAGUAUAUCGCCCGCCUCGUCUUUGACCCGAAGCACAAGACUCUGGCCUUGAUCAAGGACGGGCGGGUCAUCGGUGGGAUCUGCUUCCGCAUGUUUCCCACUCAGGGCUUCACAGAGAUUGUCUUCUGUGCCGUCACCUCGAAUGAGCAGGUCAAGGGCUAUGGGACUCACCUGAUGAACCACCUGAAGGAGUAUCACAUCAAACACAACAUCCUCUACUUCCUCACCUAUGCUGACGAGUAUGCCAUCGGCUACUUCAAAAAGCAGGGCUUCUCCAAGGACAUCAAAGUGCCCAAGAGCCGCUACCUGGGCUAUAUUAAGGACUAUGAGGGUGCAACAUUGAUGGAGUGUGAGCUGAAUCCCCGCAUCCCCUACACGGAGCUGUCUCACAUCAUCAAAAAGCAGAAGGAGAUCAUCAAGAAGCUGAUUGAGCGCAAACAGGCCCAGAUCCGAAAGGUGUACCCCGGGCUCAGCUGCUUCAAGGAGGGAGUGAGGCAGAUCCCCGUGGAGAGUGUCCCCGGCAUUCGAGAGACGGGCUGGAAACCACUGGGGAAGGAGAAGGGGAAGGAGCUGAAGGAUCCAGACCAGCUCUACACAACCCUCAAAAACUUGCUGGCCCAGAUCAAGUCACACCCCAGUGCCUGGCCCUUUAUGGAGCCUGUGAAGAAGGCAGAAGCCCCUGACUACUACGAGGUCAUCCGCUUCCCUAUCGACCUGAAGACCAUGACCGAGCGACUGCGCAGCCGCUACUACGUCACCCGCAAGCUCUUCGUGGCCGACCUGCAGCGGGUCAUCGCCAACUGCCGCGAGUACAACCCCCCGGACAGCGAGUACUGCCGUUGCGCCAGCGCCUUGGAGAAGUUCUUCUACUUCAAGCUCAAGGAGGGAGGGCUCAUUGACAAGUAGUCUCUGGCUUUGGACCGCAGCCUUGACCUGGAAUGUCUCCACUUCGGGUUCUGAUCCGAUGGCCAGGAGGCGGCCCUGGCGGCCUGGUGCCUCUCAGCUCCAGACGCUCCAGACGCUCCAGCCCCCAGCCCUGCGGCCCUUCCUGGAACUGCGGGUGCCCCCUGCCUGCACACACAGCUUUCGUUGUAUCUGACCUUGGGUAGGGGUCUCCUGGGUCCGGGGCUCAGGCCCUCCCAAGUGGCUGCUGGCUAGAGGAUAAGCCCUGACCGGCCCCAGUGGCCCCCCAGCCCUGUUCCCACUGAGCCGUGGAGUCUUGGAGUCCUGGGCCUGACCCAGCCCAUUGUUUCCUUGAGGGUGGGGACCGCACAUCUUAGCGUGAGGGAGGGGCUUCAGUGUUUGAAGUUCAACUGGGACUGGAGGGGCCAUGCCUCUCCCCUCACCCUGCACUGUUCUGUCUGUCCCCCAGGAGUGGGGGUCCCGGGACCAUUCAUUUCCUGGCAUUAAUCCCUCAGAGGGAACAAUAAAGCUCUUUUUUUUUU